GGAAAUUUGCAUGCUGAUAAAAUAAAUUCCUCCCAGCUGAAGGCAUCUACCAACUGGAAACACAUUCAUGACGUGUUUGCCAGAGUCAGUCUGCUGAGUUCUCGACACGAGAGUGUGGGCCAACCGUCAGCCAACCUCCGAAAGAGCUGAUUGUAAAAUAUGUUGUGGAAAACCAUGAUGUCACAUUAUGCAAAGCACUGUCGGAAAACGUUGACAGCGAGACUUUAAACUGGCAUUGAGUCUUUGACGCUGAACUGCUGGUGGGUUCAGCUUAACACACAGGAGUGAUGAAAGAUUGGCAACUCGGAUUCUCUUCUUCUAGAGCUCAAAAUAACCAAACAGGAGUUUCAUCCAUUUUUGAUGAGAAUUUUCCUCCAAGCGGCUUCAUGAAAGACUUGGAUUCAUCUCCAGAAAGAAUGGACACAUUGUCAGGGAAGAAGAGCAAUGGAAGUGAUGGAGAGAGCAUGAGAGAUGCCAUAGAAGAAAGCAUUUUUGAUUUCUCGCCGUCUUCGAUCACUCAAAGUAAUCAUAUCAAGAAAACAGGCUUCAGAGCCAGACCUAAACUGGCUUCUGCUCAAGCCGUCCUUUCAUCCAAGCUAGAAGAUCCAACAGAAAUGCAGACAAAUGCAUGUGAGGAACCAGAGGAUAGGAAACCAGAACCUCUGAAACGUGUUUGCAUGGAUCCCCUACCAAUAGCUGCUGGAGAAACAACCAAAGACGAAGAUGUGGAAGAGCAGAAAGUGAAAGAGGGGGUGAUGGCAGGUGAAAAUCUUGUAGAAGAGGGUUCAAAAGUGGCAUUGAAUGCAGCAACUAGGAAAAGCCUGUGGAGAAGAAAGAUCGAACCGAGGGAAAGGCUGGGAGCAAGUGUGGAGAGUAUCGAUGAGAGUAAAGAGGGAGAUUUCAGCAACAAACGACUGCACAGGAAGAAGAGUUGGGGCUCAAGACAGAGAAACACACAAAUGCUUGGGUCAUUACAGGAUGGAGAACAGUAUAUGGGGGGAAGUGUGGAGAAAGAUGGUGAGGAAGAAUUAGUUCCACACCCUGUUCUCUCUCGGGUUCUCUUUCACUCUUCAGCUUCAUCCUCCUCUUCCUUCAACAACUCUUCAGCAGAGAGUGAUGAGGUUUUCAGUGAAAAUGAGGACACUGCCACCCGGAGGCAGAACAUGAAGAAGUGCCGAUCUUGGAGAACGUUCUUGACCAUGAUGCAGUGGUCUAAACGUCCACAAACCUCAUGGAUCCAGCUAGCGGGUCACCAAGGUAACGUGAGGCUGAGUGAGGGUGGCGAGGUGCUGAAGAGGUUUUGCGAGGUUGAGGCCGUCUGUCUGCAGGUCCUCAUGUCUGACGCGCUCUGUCAGUUUGUGCCUCAUUAUUUCGGGCACAUCAGUCAGGACGGGGAACAAUACAUCCGUCUAGAGGAUCUUCUUAGCGGGCUCAAAAAUCCUGUCAUCAUGGACUGCAAAAUGGGUGUGCGGACAUACCAAGAGGAGGAGAUAAGUAAGGCCAGGAGCAAUGCCAUUGUGCGCUCUGAUAUGUAUCAAAAGAUGGUAAAAGUAGAUCCGGCAGCUCCCACUGUAGAAGAACAUGCACAAAGAGGUGUAACCAAGCUGCGUUACCUGCAGUGGAGGGAUGACAGCAGUUCCACCUCGUCACUGGGCUUCCGCAUAGAAGGCAUUGUGAUGGGAAAUGGUAAAGUAUUACGAGACUUUUACAAGACACGCACAGAAGCUCAAGUGACAGAAACACUGUUAACCUUUACCAGGAGCCAGGUCCACAUUCUAGAGGCCUACGAAUCCAGGUUACAGGCACUGAACAAAGCACUCAAGGAGUCAAACUUUUUCAACAGACAUGAGAUCAUAGGCAGCUCUUUACUUUUCGUCCAUGACUGCAGCAGCAAAGCAAAUAUAUGGAUGAUAGAUUUUGGAAAGACCAUCCCAACCCCAAAGGAUGUCCAGCUGAGGCAUGAUGUUCCAUGGGUGGAGGGAAACAGGGAAGAUGGGUACCUCAUCGGACUGACCUCACUUAUCACUCUGUUGGGGGAAGCCAUCAAGCAAGCAGGGGAGCAAAGCUGAGAGUGACCUCAUAUAUACUCACUUAUACAGAUCAUUUCAUGUUGGAUCUAUCGAUAGCAGGGAUGUAACGAUUAACCGCGAGCCAGUCGAAAAUUGGUUGAGAUGCCAGACAAAUCUCGAUACAAUUGGAGUAGGAGUUUAUAUGAAUGUAUUUCUAAAGAGGAACUGACUACCGUAUUUUUCAGACCAUAAGUCGCACCUAAGUAUAAAAAUACGUCAUGACGAGGAAAAAAAACAUAUAUAAGUCGCAUUGGACUAUAAGUCGCAUUUAAGUCGCAUAAAAAAAAAGAAAAAACAUUACGGUCUACUGCCGCCAGAGGGCAUUCUAUGCUGCCUGAGAUGCAUCUCAGGCAGCAUAGAGCGCCCUCUCGCGGCUGUAGAUGGUAAUGUUUUCACUUGGUUCAUUUCUCUUGGUUCAUGUCAAAUAAAUAAAAAAAUUAUAAAUAAGUCGCACAUGACUAAAAGUAGCACAACCAGCCAAACUAUGAAAAACGUGCGACUUAAAGUCCGGAAAAUACGGUAUAUUUAGAAAAGUUUACGUGGUAUUUUCUUUUCAACUUGUCUCUGAACAAUGCAUAUUAAAGUAGCAUUCGUAAGCCUUCAUAUCUUAUUUGGGUAACUUUUUUGAUUUGGGGUUUGUUUUAACAUUUUUAUUUAGUUUUGUUAUAUUUCGAUUUCACAAAGAAACAUGCGGUAAUAGCCUGAUAAAAUGACACCUUUUCAUUAACUGUAUAAUGUCUUCAAUCUCAUUUUGUAAAAAAAAAAAAUCAUAAGAAAAUCGAAUCGUAAAAUCAAAAUCAUGAAUCGAAUCACAUCGAAUCGUGAGUUGAGUGAAUCGUUACAUCUCUAAUCAAUAGACUACACUGUUAAUUAUUUGACUGUAAAUUUACAAUAAAUUGCAGGUUAAUAAUUGCAUGACUUUCACAGUAAGUUACUGUAACAUUUUUACAGUAAAUUAUUGUGAAAUGACAGCUGUAUACUGUGACUUCACAGUAAUUUAGACAUCGCAUUACUGUGAUUUAGCGGUAAGCUUCUGUAGAAUUAAUGUAUUUAACUGUGAAAUUACAGUUGGUGUCUAUGUAUUACUGUAAUUUAACAGUAAGCAGCUGUAGAAUUCAUGUAUUUAACUGUGAAAUUAGUGUCUAUUAUUGUAAUUUAGCAGCAAGCAGAUGUAGAAUUAAUGUAUUUAACUGUGAAAUUAGUCUAUCUAUUACUGUAAUUUAGCAGUAAGCAGCUGUAGAAUUACUGUACAUAACUGUGAAUGUCUAUCUA